AUUAUUACAACAAAAUUAUAUCCUAAAUAAUUGAAAAUCGGGAAAUAUAAAAUGAGGAAGAAUAGAAACAGGAAAUGAUGAGGGGGAGAGGGUUUUAGAGAAAGCGAUUGUAUUUGAGUUAGGGUUUAGUGAGAAGAGGAGAGUGUAGAGGCUGAACGCGAAAGACAAAAAUUGAAAUCAAUGGAUUCGUUCUCGUCGCCGUCAAGCGGAUCACCUCCAAAAUUAUCAACGGAUGACAUCAUGACUCAGCUUAGGACUCAGCUUGAGCAGGCUUAUGCCGAAGAAUUUCUUGAGACUGUUCGAGGAAAGUGCUUUGACAAGUGUAUCACGAAACCUGGCAGUAGCUUGAGUGGGAGUGAGAGCAGUUGCAUCUCCAGGUGCAUAGAUCGUUACAUGGAGGCCACUGGUAUCAUUGGCAAAGCCUUGUUUAACCAACGCCAUUGAGUCUCAACAUUUUAUUUUACUUUAAUUCUAUUGGAUAUUACCUUAAUGAAAACCAUUGCAUUAUCCGACAAUGAUUGUUUUUAGACUUGUACUCCUUUUUAUUAUUUCCAUAUCAAUUUCUUCAGCAAUAGGUUGUAUCCAGUGCUUUUUGGAAUCGAAUAACAAUGAAUGGCAGAAGCUUGUAAUGCUGCCUAAAUUUACACUAUUGCUUAUCCAAA